GAAUGGGACCAAAGCCGGCCAACCCGCCAAAAUGCAAAUGCGUGUUUACCUUCUUCCACUUCCACCCACAAGAAGAAACCUCUCAAUCUCUCUCUAACUUUACUUCACUUUUCAGCUUCCUCAAUUUCCAUUCUCCUUCUCCUUCUUCUUCAUCCAAAAAAUCCCACAAAAACCCAUCCAUCCGCCAAUCCUCAAAUCAUGAAUUCCGAUUCUUUACCAUGAUGAACGGAGGAAAGAACAAACGCCCGCUUCUCUCUCUAUCAUCAAGUCUCGCCACCACCCUCUUCUUCGUCCUCCUUUUCACAGUCCCCGCCCUCCUCCUCCUCCACACCCCAACCGCCAUCACCUGCGCCGCCCUCUCUUCCUUCCCAACCAAAUCCUGGACCGGAGACCUCCGUUCCGCCGAAUUCUCCUGGAACCGUCUCUCCUUCACCACAAAUCUCAAUCCUCCACCCCCCUCCAUCCUUAAAAUCGCCGUCUUCUCCAGAAAAUGGCCUGCCGGUUCCGCCCCCGGCGGAAUGGAACGUCACGCCCACACCCUCCACUCCGCCCUCGCUAGCCGCGGACAUGAAGUUCACAUCUUCACUUCCCCCAUGAACAAACACAUACCCAAAUCACCCAACUCCCCGAUCAUCCAUUGCCAUGACGAUUCAGAGCCGGGAAGGUGGCGAUAUAACAAGGCCUGGGAACAGUAUGAAAUCGAGAACGCAAACGGCCGUCCGUUUGACGUCGUACAUUCAGAAAGUGUUGCGCUACCGCACUUCAUGGCGAAACUCCUUCCAAAUCUCGCUGUAUCAUGGCACGGAAUAGCAUUAGAAAGCGUUUCAUCGUCGUUAUACCAAGACUUAAUCAGACCGGCAGGAGAACCCAUGUCGCCGUCGUUCAACUCCAGCUUGCAAACUAUGAUCCCGAAAGUUCUCACCGAAAUCAGAUUCUUCAAGAACUACCAACACCACGUCGCCAUCAGCGAUAGCUGCGGCGAGAUGUUGAGAGACGUUUACCAAAUCCCUUCCAAGAGAGUCCACGUGAUCGUUAACGGGAUCGAUAACAAGGAAUUCAAUGAAGAUAAAACCCUAGGUCAAAAGUUUAGAUCGAAAAUCGGAAUCCCGAGUAACGCUAGCUUAGUUUUCGGUGUAGCGGGGAGGUUAGUGAAAGACAAAGGCCACCCAUUACUCUUUGAAGCCUUCUCCAAUCUUCGAACCAAAAACCCGAAUAUUUACCUAAUCGUAGCCGGGUCGGGUCCUUGGGAAGGAAGGUACAAGGAAUUGGGUAAUCAAGUGAUUGUUUUGGGAUCAUUAAAACCAUCUGAGUUAAGGGCAUUCUACAACGCGAUCGACAUAUUCGUGAACCCUACGCUCCGGCCGCAAGGGCUGGACCUAACCCUAAUGGAGGCCAUGAUGAGUGGGAAGCCGGUGAUGGCGUCGAGGUUUCCAAGCAUAAAGGGUACGAUCGUAGUGGAUGAGGAAUUCGGGUUUAUGUUUGCUCCGAAUGCGGAGGAGCUUGAGGCGGCGAUGACGACGGCGGUGGCGGAGGGACCGGGGAGGAUGGCGAGGAGAGGAAAGGCUUGUAGAGAUUAUGCAACUUCGAUGUUUACGGCUAGUAAGAUGGCUUUGGCUUAUGAGAGUUUGUUUUUGUGUAUUAAGAAUGAAACGUUUUGUGUUUAUCCACAUCAUUAGCAUAUAGCUAAAUUAAUUGUUAACUUAUUUAUACUUGUGAUUUCACAUUUGUUUACUAUUUUAUAUCAAAUAUUUCCUUGUAAGAUUGUU